AUGUCGCCCAAUACCAAGCCAAUCGAACGAGCAGCAGUGCCUCCCGAGCAGCUAGCUUUGGCUCGAGAGAUAUGUCGGCCAAACCUGGUCAAGCAACUGAUGCGUGAGAAUAAGCUGGCACACUCGUUUGGAAUGCGUAUUGCCUUUUCCACGGAAAUGCCCCUCGUAGCCAAGCGUGCAGGAUACUCGGCGGUCCUGAUGAACCUUGAGCACAUGGCCAUGAGUAUUGAAACCAUGAAAGACGUGGCAGUAUCUUGCCUCAAUGUUGGAAUAACACCUAUGGUGGUCGUUCCCACUUGUUCCUCGGAAUGGAUCUCGCGGUGCCUUGACUCGGCAGCGCAGGCCAUUAUCGUGCCACACGUCAACAAUGUUGAGCAGGCUCGCAUGUGUGUAAAUGCAUCCAAAUUUCCACCUCUCGGACAUCGCUCCGUGACCAUGGUUACGGCAAUGACCCAAUAUACAACAAAUCUCAGCUAUGCAGCCAUUGGCGAGGUUGUCAAUGAUGAGGUCAUGAUAAUGCCCAUGAUUGAAACAACAGAAGGCAUUGAGAAUGUCGAGGCGAUUGCAGCCGUUCCAGGAAUCGACGCCUUGCUCAUCGGCUGUGCUGAUCUUUGCAUGGAAUUUGGUAUUCCGGGCGAGUACGAUUCCGAGCUUUUCCACUCCUUGGUCGCCAAAGUAGCAGCCGCAGCGGAAAAGGCCAGCACAGACGGCCGCCAAGUGUUUGUCGGUCUCGGCGGUUUAGAGCCGCGUCCCGACUUGCUAGAAACUUUUGUCAAGAGACAUGCAUCAAUAAGAUUCGCCAUGGCAGGCAGAGAUCUUGCGCUGUUGCUUGCUGGUAUGAGUAAACAGGCUGCAGCUAUGAACGAAAUAUCGACAAGGUUGUAG